UUUUAUUUUGCUUUGCAAGCCUGAACUUUGUAUCGGAAGUCCAAGCCGAUAUCAAGACAGCAUUAGAUACAUGCAAAAUUCUGUAGCAUAGCAGAAUAAAACUAAAGCUAGACUUUAAACCGUAUUAUAGCUUUUACUGGAGAAAAUGUCCGCUAUAAUUCCUUGCAUCGAGCAGCUUUCGUGUCGAGUUCUGCGUGUUCUGGGCUGUAACCCUGGACCCAUGACACUACAGGGAACCAACACGUACCUGGUCGGGACUGGGAGAAGGCGUGUGUUAAUAGACACCGGGGAACCUUCUGUCCCUGAGUACAUCUCUAAUCUGAAGCAAGCUCUGUGCCAGAGUGAGUCCUCCAUCCAGGAGAUCCUUGUCACACACUGGCACCAUGACCACACAGGAGGAGUUCCUGAAAUCCUUACAGACAUACACUCAGAUUUGCAGGUGAGUAAACUCCCUCGUUCUCCUCCACAGCCAGAGGCAAUUGGACAAGAGAAGAAAAAAUACACAUACCUUAAGGAUGGAGAUGUUAUAAAGACAGAGGGAGCCACGUUAAGGGUCUUAUUCACCCCAGGACACACCGAUGACCACAUGGCUCUGUAUCUGGAGGAGGAGGGAGCGGUGUUCUCGGGAGACUGCAUUCUGGGGGAAGGAACAGCUGUGUUUGAGGACCUACAUGAUUACAUGCUGUCACUUCAGAAACUUCUUGACAUCAACGCAGACAUUAUCUAUCCAGGUCAUGGCCCUGUGGUGUUAAGUGCAUGCAGUAAGAUUCGGGAGUACAUCUCCCAUCGCAACAGCCGUGAGCAGCAAAUUCAGGCCGUGCUGAGAGAUAACCCUGGAGCUACCUUCAGUUCCUCUGCCUUGGUUAAACUGGUGUACAAGGACACCCCUGAGCACUUACAUAGAGUUGCUGAAAUCAACUUGGUUCAUCACUUAAAAAAACUACAGAAGGAGGGAAAGAUCUGCCUGGUUGGAGAGCCAGGAAAGUGGAAGAGCAACUUGUGACCACCACCAUAACAAACAUUCACAGUUAAAAACACAAAUGUAUUUUAUGUUAUGUAUAUUUCCUGGUGUUGCAGUGAAUAUUUGGUAAUGUAAUCAAAUUUAUGUCCUCUUUUACUACCAAAUUUCAUACAAACUAUCAUAGACCUACAUGCCAGACUGAUGUUAGACCACUGAAAUCCUUUUCUUUAUAGCAAUCAAUAUUCAACUAUAGCUAAGUAGCUCUAGUCAACUAAAAAUAUGAAAGAAAAUGAUGAGGUUAGAGACAACUGUGAAAAAACUGCCGUUAGAUAAUAGCAUAAUAGAAUAGACACAGGAUAGAAUAAUAGUCCAGUAGAUAUGGAUUAUAGAAUAGAAUAUAGAAUAGGUUUUGGGGAAACUGGAACAUUCUGCAAACCUGAAUUAGCAGAUAUAACAACGUGUCUUCUGUUCCCUGAAGAUAAAAAUGUGCUGCUGACUAUUUUAGUUGACUAACCUUAACUAAAAGAAUGAUUGGUGAACAGAAGAAGUAGGAUCAAAUUCUGUUCUUGUGAAGUUAAUGUAUUAUGAUUUGUGUUAAGACUGUUAUUGCCAUCUUAAAUAAGAGGUUUUAUAAACAUGUUUGUUAAUCAUAUCAGCCAUUUUGCCUCUUCCAUUGCAGUUACCCAGAGUUAACAGCAUUGCAUCAUCAGGAAGAAGGAAAUAUUCUUUCAUAAAAUGGUGAAAAUGUGUAAAUUAAAAUUUUGUUUUUUGUAAUUUAAUAAUUA